AGCGGUGACGUCAGCAGGUGUUGGGGGAGGAGGUGCUGCAUCGUCUGCGUCUGUCUCCGUCUCUCCGUUUGUCUCCUCUUCGGUCCGGAUCGAUCGUCCAGAACCAGCCGUCCAGAGCCGCAGACUGACGUCAUGUCCGGAUCCAAGGAGGACCGUAAAGGCUCCGGAGAGUGGCGGGAAUUCUUCUGGAACCCGCGGACCCACGAACUGCUGGGGAGGACGGCCUCCAGCUGGGGCCUCAUCCUGCUCUUCUACCUGAUCUUCUACCUGUUCCUGGCUGGGAUGUUUGCUCUCACCAUGUACAUCAUGCUGCUGACACUGGACGACUACAAGCCCACCUGGCAGGACCGCCUGGCCACCCCAGGGAUGAUGAUUCGUCCUAAAGGAGACCAGCUGGAGAUCACCUUCUCCGUGUCCAGCACUGAGAGCUGGGACGGCCUGGUCACCAACCUCAACUCCUUCCUGUCUCCCUACAAUGACAGCUAUCAGGUCCAGACCAACGAUAACUGUCCUCCUGAUCAGUACUUCAUCCAGGAGGACAGCGGAGAGGUGAGGAACAACCCCAAGCGUUCCUGUCAGUUCAACAGGACCGUGCUGGAGGACUGUUCUGGGAUUUCAGAUCGUUUCUAUGGUUACAACAGAGGUCAGCCCUGCAUCCUCAUCAAACUCAACCGGGUAAUUGGGAUGUUACCAGGGAAGGACGGUCAGUCUCCAUACGUCACCUGUGGAGCCAAGAGAGAAGACAGCGAUAAGAUCGGACCUCUGGCAUAUUAUCCUCCCAACGGAACCUUCAACCUCAUGUACUACCCGUACUACGGCAAGAGAGCUCAGGUGAACUACACUCAGCCGCUGGUGGCCGUGAAGUUCCUGAACGCCUCCAUGAACACAGACAUCAACGUGGAGUGUAAAGUCACCUCCAACACUCUGGCCGACGGCAGCGAGAGGGACAAGUUCGCUGGACGGGUUUCCUUCAAACUACGAAUCAACGACAAAUAGACACACCUGUCUGCACACCUGUGUCAGGUUCAAGCUGCACUCUUCCAGAUGUUUCCUCAGCCUCACUGCGACCAGCUGUGUUUCUGUUUCUAGUUCAACCACUUUUGUUUUUAUUUUCAGUGUUUUUCCCGAUAUGAUCCUUUGUUAGUGCAGCUUUAACUCAAACACACCGACCAAUCAGCACGCACACAUGCUCUGAUGUCACUGUCACUGAGGACGGACAGCGGUCUUCACCUGCAUGAGUCAAGAACCAAAUUAUCAAUCACACACGUCUGUUUGUUUAUUUAUUUAUUUAUUUAUUUAUAUGUCGAUUUUUUUCUUCCUUUAUGAUGUUAAAAUUGUUACAUAUCAAGAGAUAAAUGCUCAGAAACUACAAGCCAUGGAAACCAGUUUAGAAACCAGUUCAGUAACCGGUCUGUCUCUGGGGCCAUGCUUGACUCGUCUCCUGGUUUGUUGCCAUGGAAGCAGCAGAGUCCACAGCCAAUCAGAGUGGAGCUUCACUGACCUACAGCAUAUCUUCUGUACUUCCUGCUUUGACCUAUGUGGCUGCAGCUGAUUGGCCCGUUAGUUAAUUAGAUGAUUAGUGAAAAGACAGUGAGUUUAGAACGAGUUAGUUAACGAUAGGAAGUCAUUAGUUCUUACACGUUUUUUUGUUUGCUGUUGAUUUGUUUACAUGUUUGUUUUUGUUUACGAAUGUCACCAUGGGGAUGAGCAUGACAACAACACACACCGUCUCCUCGACUGUCAGUCACCCCGUCGUGCCACGUGGAAAUGCCCCUCCCUCCCAUGCUGCUUUCCACCAAUCGUCUUCCUUUAAAGAGGGACCAGCCAAUCAGGAGGUCCCACUGUAUGAUGUCAUAUGCUGUUACUUGUUUGACUGGUUGACUUCUCUUGCCUGAAAAUGUCCUCUUGUCCAGUAAUGAUGAAAAACAAAUAAAGAAAAUACAACCAA